CUCCUCCUGAACGUCAGCGCUGCAACGCCCACUUUUACGUCACGACGCAGCCGCGUUGCAUUGUGGUCGCCGGUGUUUAGCUUGAAACAGAAAGUCCAAGAGCUACGGGCUUCAUCAACUUUUACUGUGUGGUUUUGACGGGACAGCGAACGCUAUGUCAUCAACAUCCCAAAAACACAAAGACUUCGUGGCUGAGCCCAUGGGGGAGAAACCUGUGAUGGCUCUUGCAGGAAUCGGAGAAGUUCUUGGCAAAAGACUGGAAGAAAAAGGCUUUGAUAAGGCGUAUGUCGUCCUCGGUCAGUUUCUGGUCCUAAAGAAAGAAGAGGAGCUUUUCCGGGACUGGCUGAAAGACACCUGCGGUGCAAAUGCCAAGCAGCAAGGUGACUGCUAUGGCUGCCUCAAAGAAUGGUGUGACGCCUUCCUAUAAGCCUCCAGUCACUGUUUUCUACUCAAUUCAAACAUGUACAGCAUAUUGGGGAUUUGGAGGUAAUUCAUCUGUAAUUCAUCCGUAUGAUCUUACACUGAAUACACUCUUCGAGCGUCAUUUACACUCUAAACAGUCAUUCGGUCUCAUGGCUGCCAAUUCUUUUGCUCCUUCAGAAAUUUCCCAUGUAACCUCCGUGAAAUUUGCAGCCAAAGUUCAGUUUGCAAUCAUGUGCACGAGCACGACUGUGAACGUAUAGCUUCAUUCAUGUAUUUACACUUGUUUGACUUGAUAACUGUUUCACUUUCGAUAUUUUAUCUUGUUCUGGUCAGGGUGGAGCUUUUUAUUGCGGUGGCUCACCUGAUAUUAAAUCACUGAAAUUUCCUUUUUAAGAUUUUUUAGAAUAACGCAUGUUUGUGUGGAGAGGCUCGAUCUACAGUAAGGCCAUGAAAGGAUUUGAGUUCAAACCUGUUCUCUGUACUGUAAAUUCCACGUUUUUGUUUUCUUGUGUGAAGGUGUUUGGAAAUGUAGCAGCUAGGUAGUCAUACAAGCUAAAACCGGAGUGAUUUGUAAGCAGCUGGUGAAGAAACGUCACAAGUUCGUUUGACCCUGAAGCAAACGGGGAGUGCCGAUGCAACAAACCUCAACACUCGAGUGCAGAGGCUUUAAAUGAAGAUAAAUGAUCACAGACUGUUUUUAUUUAUGUCUUCAUUGCUGAAGUUGAUGUUAUCUUCUAAACAGGAGUGGCCUUAAUGUGUGCUGGUGUGAUCGCUUAAGGUCGAUGAAUUUUUAAAUAGCUGUUAUACAAUCUUCCAUUCAUGUCUGCUGACCUGCCAGCAACCAGCUGUGUGUUCAAACGACUGUUCUGUCAUUUAACAGGAAAUGCUUUUAUAUUGCUUUUAUUAUGAAACAAUAAAAAGCGAGUUUGUGUC